UCUUAGUAUGUCAAAAAUCAAAUGACAUUGUGAAUGUAAGAAUAAAUUUCGGAAAAUAAUAUGAGCCAAGGUUACAGUGAAAUAGAAAUUUUUAACAAUAUCUACCAUGUUAACUUGGGAUCAGUUGCUACGUGGGGAAUGGUGGGUCUAUAUGAUUAUAGUAAUUGUAAUAUACGUUUCUAUAUUGCUGCUGAACUAUGCUGUAAUGAAAUAUAAUGACGCAAAAAUCGAAGAAAGAAUAAGAAGAAUGGCAGAAAAAGAUGCAGAUACUAUACAAGCUGAAUAUGAAGCGAGAUUGGAAGAAGCCGUUAGAGUUCGACACGAAAUACAACGAGGGCGACCGUUUAUUGUUGUGGAUGAAAUGGACAAACCUGUGAUACUACGUUCACUGUAUCCUGAUAUGAGAGAUACAUUUCUUUCCACCCGUUCAAACCCUCAUCCUCUUACUCCAUUGAACAAAAAAUUACAUGUUUCCGUUACACCCGUGAAGACCGAUCACGAUACACAUAGGCAAUGUAAAGGGGUAAUUAUACCUAUUCAAACUUUUAAUGACAUGCAGAUCGAAGAUGAAGUAAAGCAAUUCUUGUCAGAUAUCUUAAAGAAAAUUAAGGAUUGAAAGUGUUUUAUUAUUGUAAACUGUGUAAAAUAAACUUAUGAAUACCUUUU